AUGCACUUACAGCUUGUUAAUAACGAUUUAGAAACAAUUCAAAAAAUCAGCACAUGUGAAGCCCAAAACUGCCAAACAGAAAUGCUUCUAAAGAAUACAAAUGACUGUACCCAAAAUUGUGACUCCAUUGCAUGUGCUUAUUCCUGGCUUAAUUGUGAGCCUGAAAAAAUGAACCGUUGUAGUGACAGAAAUUGUAAAACUUGUUAUGGGGAUAAUGAUGGACAGUGUUAUACGUGCCAAAAUUCGUAUUAUCAGUUUUAUGGGUACUGUUUAAAGGCUUGUCCUUGUGGAUAUACAGCUAAUUCAAUUGCAGAUACUUAUUCUCUGUGCUUGCCUUCUGACGAUGACUCGUCGUCUAUAAGUCCAGCUUAUUAUUAUGUGACGUCACUUGUUACGGAUGAUCAAGCUGGAGGAGAUGGGACAUUAGCAAACCCUUUUGAGUCUAAAAUGAAAUGGUGACUUUGAUGAUAAGUGGACUAUGAGGCGUGAUCUAUAUGGAGUAUGUAGGAUACAAUGAAGCUGAAAGCAGGGCAUUUGCCACUUUUAGAAGUAGGCUUCAGGCUUGCGGGCACCGUGCCGAAAGGGGAAGUUCUGCUUCUCCCCCUAAGGUUUUCAUGUCCCUGCCAGAUGGGUAAACAGGUGCCUAUCACGUUGUCUUCUCUCAUCGGGAUCAUCGGAGCUUCUCACAGAAGAUGGCUCUGCCCAAGGGAGCUGAUCCUCUGGUCAGGUGGUUCAGGUCGGAAAUCCAAAAGGUAGACCUUUUGGAGGUGGGCGACAGCUAGUUGCUAGAUCCGCUAAUGGCCAGCAUGAUCGUUUUAACUUUAACUUUCGAGUCUUUAGCACUCGCGCUGACUGUAAUAAACAAUAAAUAUUCAGUUAUUAUAUUACUUGAUGAUGGAGUCCACUAUUUAACUCAAUUGAAUAAGACAAAUAUUAUGACGAUUAUUUCACCAGACUCCUCGAAGCCUUAUAAUUCACAAACUCAGAGAAAAAGCUUAACAAUAACUACUGAAAAUAAUAGCACUAUAUACCUUAAACCAAAAAUUGACUGAAGUAUUUUGACUAUUACUACACUUAAACUUAAUUAAUUAUAGAUUGCGUCUCGUUUAACAUCCAAUACCACAUCAACUCCUGGAUGAGCUUCUGUCCGUGCUUCAGAGUUCCCCCCAGACAAGCGUCUUCCGCUACCUGGUCUUGAUCUGAAUAGUCCCUCGUCUUUAGGCAUUCGGAUUUCGGCAGUUGUCCAUCCAGCUCUUUGGCAAGCCAACUUGUGUAGUCAGGAACGCUAAAGGUCCAGUCUCCAUCGCCUGGGGUUGGCGGCACACUUCUAGGAAAUUCGAAUUUCCUGUCUAAGGUCUCGCACCCUUGAUUAUAAUUCACUGAGUGAAGUCAAAUCUCAUAAUAAAAAUAGUCAUCACCGAAUAUUCUGUUCUCCCGAACAGAAAUUCUCCUUUUGGCUAAUUUUAAUAUAGCAAUCACUACACAAAAUACUGAAAAAAUCAUUAUUAAUAAUAUCAUUUUUGACGGAAAUGAAUGGGUGCAUGGGCAGAACAGCUGUUUAGACGGGUAUUGCUCUUAUUGUCCUUCGGUAACUGAGCAGUUUGAUGGCAGCUAUAAAGAUGACAGAGGAAAUGUGAUAACGAAUUUUACAGAAUCAAGCCAAUGUCAGAAGUUCCAUAACUGAAAUUUAAUUGAGGUUGCCAGCGGAACUACUUUAGAGCUAUAUAAUGUUGAAUUUAAUAACUGAAGAAUGGAAGAAAAUUCAAUAAUUUAUAACAGUGCAGGGACUAUUGCACUUAAUGAAGUAUAUUUUGAUAAUAUCAGAACAAACCCAAGCUCGGGAUCGGCGGUAAUUGCAUUUAAAGACUGCUCUACAAGCACUGACUAUGCCUAUGGGUGUGGGAAUUUUACUUAUUGCGGAGGAAGUGUGACAAGGCUGAAUAAUGGAUUUGAAUAUUCUUCAUCAAUAACGCUAAUUCUUUUUAUAACAAUAAAACGCUAUAGCGAAAUUUAUUUUUUAAUUUUUUAAAAUCAAAAGUAACAAAUUUUUUUUUCGUAUAUUUAUUAACAGGAGAAUUAAAAGGAUUCUUUUGGGCUUCCAGAGCUCAAGAUGUCUCUUUUGAAGGCGUGAGCUUUAAAAAUAACGCUGUUUAUUCUUCCUCAAGCUCAAACGACGACUCUUUAAUUUACCUCGAAAUUUUUAGAACACUUAGCAUUGCAUCCUGCACUUUUUCUUAUAAUUUGGUUUACUCUGCCUUGAUUUAUUUAAAAUCUACCAAUCUUGAGCUGAAGUCAACAUUAAAUUCCCAGAACCAAGUAACUGAUUAUUUGAUUUAUCAUAUAACUUUCCAAGACUUAUCAUUUUCAUAUAAUUAUGGAUUUUUAUACUGUAUUUUUGCAGCUCAGUACCAAACUGAGCUGCAAAAUAUUUAUUGAAAUAAUGUAACUAUAGAGUCUAAUGGAGCAGAAAAAGGCGCAUUAGUCUAUAUAUCAAAUGCAGUUAUCCUUAAUCAGUAUAUUUUUGGCCAGACUUCUAUUGUCACAACAUCUGCUGGAAGUAAGGUGCGAGCUUAUGAAAAAUAUAGGACUUUUUAUUGGGAUACAAUAAGUUUUAUCAACAAUAAUUCAGGAGGCUUAGGAAUGUGAGAUUUCACAAAACUUGUAAAUUUGUAUUUAAAAAGUAUCAAUAUAGCCUCAAAUGGAGUUACAAGCAAUACAGUAAACAGUCUUGUCCUUGGCUUUUGAAAAUCAAAUACAAGCAUUUACCUAAAAGCCCUGAUCUCCUCCCCAGCUUCUUUAGAUUUUUCUUCUUUAGCAUCAUUAGCCUCAAUGAUAAAUAUUACAAUUGAAGACUCAAAAAUCAAUAAAAACUAUGCAUCUGCAUCAAACCCUUAUCUAUUAUUCACAAAUUCAAAUAUAACUGUUCUAAAUAACAUCAUUUUUGAACAAAAUUCAGGGACCUCAUCAGAAUACCCAACUAUUUUGUAUAUAAAUGGAGGCAACCAAACUGCUAUUAUAAGCUCAAGCAUAAAAAGUAAUUUAAAUAAUGCUGACCAAGGGUAUGGAACGAUUUAUGCGAAAGGCAGUGCAUUAAUAAUGCAAAUAAAUGAUACAGAAUAUGGGGCAAAUAUCGCCUAUAAUGGAGGAGGGAUUUUAUUUUCUGGGAAAUCCCUUUCGAUAGCGGAGACUGUUUUUAUAGGGAAUGAAAGUCCUUCAAAAGGAGGGGCAGUAUAUAUUGAACAAACAAUAACAGGUACUAUGGAAGUUUCGAUAAAUUCCUGCAGUUUUACAUCAAAUAUUGCAGCAUCAUAUUAUGGAGGGGCAAUUUAUGCUGAAAAUGCUGGAGUUAUUGCUAAUAUAAUUCUUUUUGCAAUAAAAAAUUCAAAUUUCACUCAAAAUUCUGCAAGUUAUGGAGCUGCUAUUUAUAUAGACAGCUCACUCUUUUUAAUUAAUAAUUUUAAUUUUUAUGAAUUAUAUAAAAAAAUAAUAAAAAUUGCUUAUUUUUGAUAGGAGAGAGUCAGUAAAUCUUGAUCAAAAUGGAGGCUCAUACCUAGCUGCUUCAAAUUUUAUUAAAAAUAAUUCAACUUCUUCAGGAGCCAUUGCCCUGUACUUUAUAACUGGAAUUUACCUUAUUUCAGACUGCAAAUUUACCUCAAAUAUAGGAAGACUUGGCGCAUCUUUGCACGCAGAAAUAGAAACUGAGCCAAGUGCUUACUAUUCCAGAAUUUAUAUAACUUCAACUGAUUUUACAAAAAAUUCAGGCCAAGCAGUUAUUUAUUUGACGAAUUCUGACGUUUAUUCUAAAAUACUCACAAGUAGCUGCACAUUAUCACAGAAUGAAGGAAUACCGAUAGAGCUAGACUAUGAUCAUUGGGAAGACACAAAUUCUGUAAUUACAAAUAACACAGGAAAAUACUCUGGAGGAGUCAAACUUCUUGAUAUUUCAUAUGCAGCAUGUGAAAACACAGUUUUUUCUUAUAAUGAAGUAACUACAGAUGGUGGCGCAGUUUCUUCUGGAUCAGCGUCUAAAUUUUAUUGUAUGAAUUGCUCAUUUAUAGGGAAUGCAGCUAGUGGAUCUGGAGGGGCUAUUUUCAAUGAGCAAAAAUCGUUUUUUAAUAUUACAAAUUCUGUAAUUAAAGGAAACCAAUGUGUUGAUAAAGGAUCUGCUAUUUAUAUGCUAGGGUCAACGAGUCCAGUUUCUAUAAUUAAAGACUCUACGAUUUCUUAUAAUAAUUCCACAAAUGAAGCUAAAAUUGUAUGCAUAUAAAAUGCGGCCUAAGGGCACCCGACUUCCUUGAUGCAAUUUUUUAACCUUAUGGCCAACGAGAUUUGGGCGAGAAGCCAGUAGGGAUAUAUGCCGAUAAGGGAUUAUGGAUAUUGAGGUGGGGUUUGACUUGCUUCCUGAGGAUGGAAGAAGAUAAACUGGCAAUGUCCUUUGGGACCCGAAGUUGGGACACCGCGACACCAGGGUUGUGGCCUGAGUAACAUUUUUGCCGGUAGCUGCUGAGGGCAGUUACUAAUACUGUUAGGCCCAAGUUUUCUCCCUCAUCAAACUACUUCCCAGAAGCCUGUACUAGGGCCACAGAAAUCCUUAAUCUACCUCUAAGGAGCAGCAUAUAUCUCAAGGUUACAAGGAGGAGCUCGAAGGAACCCUGACUCAAGCCAUACAUGGAAUCAGUAGCAAGAGGAGGUGAAUUUAGUGUAUCGCAAUUUUCUAGCGAACUAUUGGAGCUGAGUACAGCAGCACUCCCUAGGGCGACGAGGGGAGAGAUCCUUGGUAACUGCCUUAACGCUAAGAUAAAGCCUAUAAGUAAUUUAAAAUUAAAAUAAGAAGCUACAAUUGCUCUGCUUGACUCUUCUAUAUACAUUGAAUCAUCUAUCAUUACUCAAAAUACUGCAUCUUAUAUUACCCCAGGAAUUCUCUUAACUCUUUCAGAGGCAACUAUAGCAAAUUCUGAAUUAUCUAGCCAGAAUGGAGAUCAAGGCAGCUUUAUAUACGCAACCACUCAGAGCGUGGCGAAUAUUUAUAACACAACUUUUAAAGAUGGGGUAAGCACAAGCUCAGCAGGGUCUAUUUUUUCUAUUUCCAGUACUGUAAAUAUAUAUAAUGGCACUUUUAAUAGAAAUAGUGCCAAAAGUGGAGGAGGCGGGGUAAUAUUGUCUUACUCAAGCAGCACUUUGCUCAUAAACAAUAGCGCAUUUUAUAAUUCUUACAGCAAAGAUGUAGGAGGGGUUAUAAUUGGCUACGAAAGUGAUUUAAAUAUCUAUAACACAGUCAUGAAAAAUUAUAAGGUAGGGGCUAUUUAUGGGUCUAAAAUGAAUUCUGUGUAUAUAAAAGACUCAAAAUUUUAUAAUGGGAUUGGCACCAAUGGAGGCUCAUUGACCUGCGUUUCUUGUGAAUCAGUUUUAAUAUAUAACUGCUAUUAUCAAGGAAACACUGCGGAAACAGGCGGGGCUAUUUAUUUAUCAACAUCAAGCGACACAGAAAUAGACAGUCCUUAUAUCAUAAAAGAAUCAGAAUUUUGGAAUAAUUCAGCAUCAUUGGGAGGCGGUAUAUAUGCAAAUGAUGUCAGCUUAAAUGUAUCUUCUUCAGUAUUUGUAGGAAAUAUCGCAAAUACGACUGACGAUAUAAUCGGCACCACCCCGUCGACUGGAAAUGGAGGGGGCUUAAACUUAGCCUGCUCAGAUUUUACGACUUGUGUAUUUAAUAUCACCUAUAACAGUUUUGUUAAAAAUUAUGCCAAAUAUAACGGGGGAGGAUUUAAUUGGGAAGAUAUUUGUCCAAUCGCGUAUGGGAACUCUUUUAGUAGUAAUGAAGCUGAAUAUGCACCAGAUAUUGCUUCAUUUGCUAUAAAAUUGAUGGCGGUUGAUGAUAAUGGGGAUUUAAUUGACUAUGGGAGGAGGCUUGAUGAGAUCCCUACUGCGACUUCAAUUGAUAAUAUAGCAUCUGGUUGGUCAAUUAUAAAUUCACACAAAAAAUAAAUUUUUUUUGAAUUUUAAAAAUAAAUUAAUAAUUUUUAAAAUUUUUAAAAGGGUAGCAAAACUUUUUUUAGCCUAGCCUUCUGGUCAAGAAACUACUAAAAGUAUUACACUAGCAUUAGUUGAUUAUUAUGGAAACAUUGUAGCAACUGAUAGCUCAAGCACAGCCCAGCUUUUCCCUGAAAACUCUACCUCAACUACCCUCUCAGGAACUACUAAAACAACAGCUGCUAAUGGGCUCUAUUACUUUGACAGUUUUAUAGUCUCAGCAGAACCAGGAACAAGCAUUUCAGUAAAAAUCACCUCAUCUGGUAUAUAGUUCAUGCACCGAUAGAGAUUGUCAUUAUUGAAAAUGCAAUUGUUCUAAUGGACUUUAUAUCUUAUGCUUCGUAGACCAGUUUAGAGAAAUAUUCAGAUUAUAAAUAAAAUGUCACUAAUUUUAUAUAGUUAUUUUUAAAAUAAUAGUUAAAAUAAUUCUAAUAAUUGUCAUAAAGUUCUAAUGAAGUCUAUUAAUUAGAUCGGUAGCAUUUUCAAUAAUGACGAUCUAUAUCUGUACAUGAGCUAUAGAUACCACAAAAGAGUCGAAAAUAGCGACUGAUGCAACUUUUAUUCCUUCUGUAAAUGUUGUCGUCUCUCUUCGACUAUGCGUAGUAGGAGAAGCCACUGUAGGUGUUGACUGUGAAGUCUGUGGGGCUGGGUAUUAUAGCUUAGACCCUUUAAAUACUCAAUGUUUAGCAUGCCCGUCACAUUCAGCAACUUGUUAUGGAAACUAUACAAUUGUCCCGCAAAAGGGAUACUGGAGGUCAAAUAAUAUGUCAGAUAAUUUUAUUGCCUGUCCGAAAUCUUCAGCUUGUUUAGGCUCCCCAUUGCCUCCUAAUCUUUCUUUUACUGGGCUUUGCCAUGAAGGAUACAAAGGAAAUUUAUGUCAGGCUUGCGAGGAAGGCUAUUCAAGAACCAGCACAAAUACUUGUGGAAAAUGCCCAGAUGCAGUUUCUAACGCUUUUAAAGUGAUAGGAAUAAUGUUUGCUGUAGUUCUUAUAUGUGGAAUAAUGGUAAAAACGACCAGGAAUUCUGCAUAUAAGCCGAAAUCAGUGCAAUCUAUAUAUAUUCUUUCUUUUACUCUAUAUUUUCUUAGUCUUAUUAUCUUAUCCUAAGCCAUAUUUUAAUAAAAUUAAUAUAUAAAAAUUUUUGUGAAUUAUUUGCAGCUUGUGAUGCUAAUGACUACUUUUGAUUUACAAUGACCCUCCAGCGUAAAUCAGCUUUUUUCUAUUCAAAACGACACAGGAUCAGUAAGCGAACAAGUUUUUUCUUUUGACUGCUUUUUAGACACGGGCCAAGGAAAUGACCAAGUAUAUUUCAACAAACUUAUUAUAAUGGCUAUUAUUCCUAUAAUUAUCGCACUAAUCUCAGUCUUAAUUUGGGGCUGUGUCGCGAUUUAUAAAAAGACGCUAAAAUCAUUUAAAAAUGAUUUAAUUUCUACAAUAGUCAUUUUACUGUUUCUUUUUCACCCAAAUUUAGUGAAAUCCAUGUUUUAUGUGUUCUCGUGUAGAGAAAUAGAAAAAGGGGAAUAUUGGCUUGUACAGGAUUUAGAUAUAAGGUGCUGGGACAGUAAACAUGUAUUUUAUUCUUUGACAGUUGCAGUGCCUUCUAUUAUAGUUUGAGGAAUCGGAAUUCCGACUGUUUCUUUAUAUUUUCUAUGAAGAAACAAAAGAAAAUUAGACUCAAUUAGUGUCAGGCUUCAGUUCGGGUUUCUUUUUAAUGGGUAUAAAGCAAAAUCUUAUUAUUGGGAAUUUGUUAUUUUAUAUAGAAAAAUCCUUAUUGUUUGCUGCUCAGUGUUUUUGGCAAAUAUUUCGACAAGUAUUCAAGCAUUAACUGUAAUGAUACUGCUUUUGCUGUGCCUUUAUUUCCAAAAUGAUGCGCAGCCUUAUGAUGGAAAUGCUUUAAACCAGAUGGAAAUCCGGUCCAUUUUGGUAGCGGCUGUUACAAUAUAUUGUGGACUUUAUUAUUUGACUGGAUCUUUGGAUUCUGUAUCGAAAACUGUUUUUUUUAUUUUAAUCUGUGGAGCCAAUAUUUAUUUCCUUUAUUAUUGGCUUAAAAAAAUGUUUGGGGCUGGUUUUCAAAUCUUAACUGAUUUAAUUCCAUGCUUAAGAAGAAGAUUUAGCCAUAAAGUGAUGGAUGGGUUUAGUGAUGAUAUUUUUGAAAAUUCUGAUAUAAAUCAUGUGAAAUUAAAGCAAGGAGAAAAAUAUUUUUCAAUUAUUUCUAAUAGUAAUCCAAUGUCAGCUUUACCUGCUGAUGAAGAGCUGGAAAAUAUGAUGAAUAUGGAUAUGAAAAAAGUAUUUUUAUCAGUUGUGGAAAAUAAAUUGGAGAACAAAAAUAGAGAGGAAAAUCAUGAUUCUAAGUAUGAAAAUCAUUGUACUUGGUGCAACUACCAAAGUGAAGAUCUAUUAGAUCCGCCUCCACCUUCUAGAUCUGCAAGUCUAAAUUUGAAGACAUUAAAUAAUUAA